CUAUCUAUCUCUAUCUUUCUCUCCCGCGCAUAUCUUUCUUCUCUUUUCAUUCGUCCGUUCUCCGCUGCCACGUUUUUUAUCCUUUUUAUCCAUCACACGUGUUCUCUCUCACUUGUUUCAUAGUUAUUUGUUGAUUAUAUAUGUACAUCUCUCUUUAUCUUUCUCUGUUUUUCAUUUUAAGAUCUUUCGAUAUUUACAUACGUCCAUACGUACACACACGGAACGCCGUGCGUGCGCCGCGAGUGAAUGCGACACGUCGUCGCGAAUCACGCAUUGUGGAGAGAUCAUCGCGUGAUUAUCGAGAUUCCCCCUUCCUCUCCUUUUGAUCUAUCCGCGAUAGCUCUUGGCGCGAUGUUCCCGAUAGCGGUCGUCGAAGACGAGUAUUGCGUACUUGGUGUGAAUACGACGACCGAUCGGGAAGGUGACGAGUGAGACUGAUGAUUGCUUGCAGAGAAAAGUGGUGAACCAUCAGAGUUGGUGCACAACGGAGUAAAUCGAUCCAGUCCAUUACGAGAUCGAGAAAUUACCCGCAAUUUAGUGCGACAAUAUCGGCGAAGAAUGUAGUGACGAUAAUCCGGAAGUAUUAAUCAAUAUAACCGUCGCUACAUCGGCACAAAGUCAUCAAUAUUGAUUACUCCGAAAUGGCGACACGGAUAUGCGGGAUGAGUUUGCAGGAGUGAGAGAAAGAGAGAUCCUUGGAACUUGGCGCUCCGUGAUUUGACAGGUGCAUCGUUGUUUCGCCUCAUGCUCGGUUUCGUGUGAACAUAGCCAUAGAUACGGUGCACAGGUGUCGCGAAUCCCCCGUAAAAUGAUGACGAUCGCGAGGAUCGCGUCAUCGACGACGAGCGGGUCGUCGGCGAUCACGAUGAGGUAGUGGUCGUCGGGACACGUGCCGGUUGGAUAACCGCAAGUGUGUAAACGGAAGACGAGGCAAGACUUAUCCCGAGGGAAGAGAUACUUCAAGGAUACUUUCUCUCGGUGUUUUUGACCGCUUGACUUUUUUGGGGACCAAUCGAUUGCAGUCGAAGGCGAAGAGAACUGGAGGCGACACGGAUAAUCGAGCACUUCCGAAGGACGCAGAUGCCCCGAAGGAAACAGCACGCCCCGCAACGCAUGAAAUGGGAGGACGGCGUCGAAGGCUCUGCGCCCGGUACGGACCUCCAAGGUGAGGAGGGCGAUUGCGUCGACGAGGAUGGUCCUAUUAGCCCCAGCGAGAGGGGCUGCGCGCCCGCUGCGAAAGAGGACGAGGAUGCCGAAAGAACGGACGAAGAAGACGACGAAGAGGCAUCGCCACCUACGCCUCCGCCUUCCGCCACCUCAAGGUUAAAUCCGGCUAUUCUGCGAGACACGGGACCUCCAGACAGGGAGCCAAUGAGUCCGCGCUGUCCCUCGAGAGAUUCUCGGGAAUCGUCCGGUCCAGCGACCGGAAGUCCCCCACCACCUGCUACCAGGAGCAGCGCGAGCCCAGUCAGUCCAAGUAGUAUUGUGCCUCUUGGAACUCACUCCCUGCUACCAUCUCAUCCUGCAGCGGUCAUGGCGGCGUAUCUGCAACAGACUCAUCAGCGCCUGCUCCUCGGCCAUUCGCCCUUGUCGCGUGGUUCGGUGUCGCCACUGGUUUCCUCCUCGUGCUCGCCGCCAGCCGCCACUCCCGGUCUCUUAGUGUCGCCUACCAGCGUCGGAGAGAUCUCACCGUCGGCAACACCCUUGCCGGCUGUAUUGGACUUUAGCACGAGGAAAACAUCCUCGACUGAGGAGGACGAGGAAGAACAAAUAUUAAAUCUCAGUAAACCACCUACACCGUCCUCCUCGACGGAAACGAACAAUGGUCCGUUGGAUCUUUCGGUACCCAGCAGGAAACGACCCGGCCCAGAAGACUCGCCGCCACCUCCGCCACGCAAGUCAUCGAGACUGGCUUCCACGACGAGUUCCACGAGUCAUCAGGAAACGGCGUCGCCAGGAGUCACGCCAUCCAGCUUCAGUAGGCCACCCGUGGUGUCUCCAUGGACAUCUCCGGUAGUGGCCUCGCACUUCCCAUACUUUGCCGCAGCGGUAGCGGCAGCGGCUACUAGUCAGCAGCAGCUUUCGCCGAAAAGUACUGGCGGAGUGGUGGAUCAUCAUCAGCUUUGGAACGGAAAGAUGAAACCGCCAGCCGCGCUGGAGAAGCCGUAUCAACCUAGCGAGGCUACGAAGGCGCUUGAAAAGAUGAGCGAACUGAGCAAGCUGGGUGGCGAGGAUCUCUUCAGAUCGUCUUCCGGAGGAAGUGGUGCUGCCUCAACGGGAUCCAAUGCACCGGCGACAACAUCUAGCAGUCGUCAUAGCGCCUGGCAAUCCCACUGGUUGAAUAAAGGUGCCGAUCAAGCGAAAGACGUUCUAAAAUGCGUAUGGUGCAAACAGAGCUUCCCGACUUUAGCCGCGAUGACGACGCACAUGAAGGAGGCGAAACACUGUGGUGUUAACAUGCCGGUACCGCCACCGGCUCCAGGAAUUCAUUCACAGCAGACGACGAUGCCAAGCAUACCACCGCCUCAACAGCCGCAUCAACCACAAACCUCUACCGGCAAUACCGGUAGCAACAAUUCGGCCACACCCAGCAGUAAACAAAGUCCAUCCGAUUUGAAUUUACUAAUCAAGGAAACAAUGCCACUGCCGCGAAAGCUCGUGCGAGGCCAAGAUGUCUGGUUAGGCAAAGGAGCCGAGCAAACGCGACAAAUUUUGAAAUGCAUGUGGUGCGGACAAAGUUUCCGCUCGCUAGCCGAGAUGACUUCGCAUAUGCAGCAAACGCAACAUUAUACGAACAUUAUUUCUCAAGAACAGAUAAUAUCCUGGAAGUCGUCGGACGAGAGCAAGGGCACUAACGCUACCGGCACUGCUGGAAGUGGCGGAAGUGUCACUGGAAGUGGAGGGGGCGGCGCGGGAGUACAACCAGGCGGAGGAUCCGGACCUCACGGAAACAAUGGUGGUCCUGGUGCUGGCGCCACAAGCAGUCACGUUAGCGCUGUACUGACCUGCAAAGUUUGCGAUCAAGCGUUCAGCUCUCUGAAGGAGUUGAGCAACCACAUGGUAAAGAAUUCGCAUUACAAGGAGCACAUAAUGCGCUCGAUCACCGAGACUGGUGGACGUCGGCGGCAGACGCGAGAGAAGCGGAAAAAGUCACUGCCUGUAAGAAAAUUGUUGGAACUAGAACGCGCGCAAAACGAAUUCAAAAAUGGCGACGCCGCGGCUGGACUGACCCACACUCUUGGCAAGCAUGCCGGCAGAAUUACGUGCGAAAAAUGCGGCGAGAAGAUAGAGACUCCACUUUUUGUCGAACAUAUACGUCAAUGUAUCGGCGCGGGCACGGUGGGCGUCAAUCAGCGGAACUUCCUGAAGAAUGCGCUCAUGUCCAAUCAUUUGCCCGCGACGUUACCGCCAACCGAGAGCGGACGUAAGAGCGUCAACGAGGAAACGUCUUCGAUAUCGUCGAGGCAUCAUCGGUCUCCAUCCUCGGCCAGCGACGCGACUACACCGGGAAAAGAUACUCCUACACCGACCACCACGGAGACUACCGCUCCGAUAGGUACCUCGCCAUCGGUUUUGAACGCAAUAGAAAAACUCAUCGAGAAGAGUUUUGAUUCUCGCGUGAGACACGGCACGCCCGGCCUGCAUCACGCUCAGCCCGGCGGCGCGCCGAUGGGUACAAGUAUCCUCAAGCGAUUGGGCAUCGACGAGAGCGUAGAUUACACGAAACCUCUGGUGGAUCCGCAAACAAUGAAUCUACUUCGAUCUUAUCAACAGCAACACCAGCAGCAACAUUACAAUGCCAAUGCCGCGGCGAGGAGAGAGCGAAGCGGCAGCGAGUCCAGUUCGAUAUCGGAACGAGGAAGCGGCAGGACGGAUACUAUGACACCAGAAAGACGCAUGGAUCUAUCUAACGCGAGCCAUGAAAGACACUCUUUGCCUCAUCAUCAUCGCGUCACUCCCGAGAAGCAGGCCGCUCCGUUACCUAGUCGCCAUCAUCAAACUACGGAGGAAUCCGGUGACGAGGAAUCAUCUACCGUGGUAGUAAAGAAAGAACCGAGAGAUGAGGAGACGGAGGAGCGAGGCGCGAACGAGGAGGAGCAACAGUCGCAGUCGACGAGGGAGGUAUUCGUGAAAAAGGAGAUAGUGGACGACUGCAGGGACGAGGAGGAUCAGAGUUCCUACAAUCACCGACGAAGCAGCCUCCACGAGACGCCGGAGGAUGGACGAGAGGUUCUGUCACCUCGAAUGAAUCCGCCUACUCCCCGACCGACCAGCCAGGUGGAACAGGUCGCGCGUAGUCCCUGUAGGAACAGCACGAGCAGUCCUACCAGCAGCGACCGAUCUGUCACGCCACGGGGUACACCUGAUACUAAGGCAUCCAGUAGCCUCGGAGCGCUCUCCUCCAUGUUUGACAGCUUAUCCGGCGGUGGCGGUGGUGGCGGAGGCAGCAAUGUCGACUCGCAAGGACGCAAAACGAGCAGCCAUCCUCUCGCGGCGCUGCAAAAAUUAUGCGAUAAGACGGAAACGCGAGGUCCCAGUGCCAGCGGUGCCUCGAGAUCCGGAGGUGGUUCCACAAGUAGCACCAUCGGUUCGAGCAGCGGUAGCACGGUAGGAGUGACCGGUCCGGGUCCUGGACCAACACCAGGUGCCAUCUUGGCUUUUAGCUGGGCAUGCAACGAUGCCGUGGUUACCGCAGAUUCAAUAAUGAAGUGCGCAUUUUGCGAUACGCCCUUCAUUUCGAAAGGCGCGUACAGGCAUCAUUUGUCCAAGAUGCACUUUGUCAAAGAUGGCGUCAUCCCGGAUCCAUUGACCAUCGGCAGAUCGGCAGCAGCGGCCGCAGCCGUGGCGGCCGCGGCGGCAUCCCAGGGCACUUCCGGUGGGCCGAGUCGCAAUUCCUCGUCGCCGCCGACGUCGCAGCGCAACAAGUCGCCGCCGCUUCCGCAAGCGAACGGUAGCCCGUCGCAGUCAGCGGCCUCACCCCUCGAGGAGAGUCCGCACUCCAAAUUUCUCAAGUAUACGGAGCUGGCAAAGCAAUUGUCCAGCAAGUACGUAUAGUCCGAGCCCCGUAAGUAGCGGUGCCAUUUGUACAUAAGUGUAUCUAUACUGUAACGACUGUAAAACUAGCGAUAUGGUUGAAAAUUUUCAUCCCCUUCUCCGCGAACACCGCCGCGCCGAAUGACGUCGUCGGCGCAUUUGACGUCUUCGGGUUUAUGCUUAAAGAGGCUGUGUCGUGGCUAUAUCGGUAACGUCAAAGAAAUCUUCGUGCAAACAAAUGAAAAAUAAUUUCUCAUAAUUAAAACAUAAUUGCAUUAAAUUACAUUCUAUUGCA